UCUUUUGCUCUCCUUCUCUCUUUCUUAUUUAGCUGCUGAUUCUGUGCUGUAUAUAGAAUAGGUAAAGAUGUCUGCGCAAAUCACCUACGCAGAAGUAAAUGUGAAAAGAGAUGGAAAAGACUGGGAAGAAACAACUGGUUUCAAGUCUCUAGAGAGAAAAACAGCUUCAUCAAAAACAACAAAGUUCUCCUCCAGAUAUUCUACUUUUGUGUGUGCAGUGAUGAUUUUCUUAUUUCUUCUAGUUAUCAGCUUGAUAAUAAUAGUUGUUUUGCAAACGGUCCACAAAAACACACCUGAAUCAAGUCAACAUGGCAUCUACAAUACCAGCAGCACAACUGAUGAGUUAACCAGUGAUAACAGCAAUCAGCUCCAGAAGUGUAAUAUAAUUUGCCCAGAUUGUCAGCAUCACAAACUCUUGGAAAUGUCUUUCUACAAGGAUCAUCUGAAAAAUAUCUGUAUUAGCAAAGGGAGAAAUGUAGGCAUGGACUACUUUUUAUGCCCUGUUGGGUGGCUGGGACAUUUGAAUAAAUGCUAUUUUAUUUCUGUGGAAAAUAAAACCUGGGAUGAGAGCAAAAAUUUCUGCCACUUGUUUGAAGCCCACCUUGUUAAAAUUGAAAACAACGAUGAACUGGAUUUUCUUCAAAAAAACAUGAUACCUAAAGAAUACACUUACUGGAUUGGGCUGUGGCAACCAAAUUCUUUUGAUGGUUGGAGAUGGCUGGAUGGCACACCAUUAGACACUAAAAUAUCUCCAUUUAAAGCUGUUCUCGGCUUCAGCAACAAACAUGCCUGCAUAUCAAAGAAACACAUUACUACAGGAAUGCCAAAAAAUCCACGAAUGUGGAUCUGCGAGAGAGAUGUUGUGCAUUUGUAGCUACUUCUCAACAGAAAAUGCAAAAGUAAUUAAGGAUUAAGGCUGGAUUAUUAAUAAGCAGGUUGUGUGUUUCUAAUAUAAUAGCCACAGAUCAUUUCAUUUUAACAAUUUAACUGAUUUGAUUUGUACUUCUUGUGUAAUUCUUCAUUGUAUAAGGCUAUUUUAGCAGUUGACUAAAUCUUGUGUGAAAAAGUUAACUCCAAAUAUUCUUUUAUGAAGACUAGUUUUCAGAGAUAAUAAACAUCCUUUUGCUUUUUAACAUAUAUUCUUUAAAUUUCAUAUUCAUCCAUGGAGCAUGUACAUUAUUUUGAUUUUGUCUGGAGCUAUGCACUUAGUUACAUUUUUAAUAAAGUAGAUUUUUUUAAUUAAAAUUACUGAAGUUGCAGUAUUAGGAAAAUGGCAAAACAUAAUGUGGGCAGGAAUUAAACAUAAAAUAUAAAAUAAUUCAUACAUAUAUAUCCAUGUAUGUUGGUUGCAAAAAUAUCUUACUUUUCUUUAAAAAAAAAACUAUUGAACACAGCUUGAAGUUGCCAGUGCAUAACUUAUGAACAUUUUAUUUUGGUUUUCAAACUUACAAAAUGAAUAUCAUUAACCUUUAAAAUGUUUCUUAUUUGGUGCUGCUAUUUUAAGACAAUUCAUUUCCAAAAAUGAUUAAUAA